UACAAAUAAACAUACUGUCGAAUUCAGAACCUCCUCCUUUUUUGAAGUCGGUUAAAAACAUUUACGUCGCCGAGUUUAGUGUUGCAUAUUCAUUUAUUGUAUCAAUAAUUUGCCAAGGGAAAUAAUUAACAAAAUAAGUCGGCGAUAGAUAAAAUUAUCAUCACCUGAAUAACAAAUACUUAUUUCCUGUAAUAAAUUUCGAUAUACCUAAUCCGGCUUGAUGGGACAAUCCGGCUUGACAGUAAAUAUAAAUCGCAAAUGUAUUUUAAUUGUACAAUUAAAUGAAUAACAUGUUAUGUAAUGGGGUUUUCAAUAGAGACAUAACAAUUUUGGAUUUCAAUAAAACACAAAUAGAGAUUCCAGGUGCAGAAAUUUGAGAAUGAAAUUCGAUGUCGGUCAUAUGACCGCCGCGAGCAUUGCAGCGUUCAAUUCAUUGGCGCCAAUUGUCCACCACUCUUCUUCACAUAUCGGACGAAAUGUAGGCAGUUUCGCGUUUGAUAUUGUUUCUGAGCUCAUUUAAUGUUGUUGGCAUAAACCAACGAUUAAAUAUAACCCCAUAAAAGUAGAUAGUAUGAGCGAGGUGGCCACUCGACCGGACCAUUUCGCGACAGAUUACACGAUUAUCAAACUUCCUCUUCAAUAGAUCGAUUGUUUGACUAACUGCAAACGUGCUCGCGGUGGUCAUAUGAACGAGAUCGUAUUACAUUCUUAAAUGUAACGUGUGUAGGUACUGAAUAAAUUUCAAAUUAUUCUGUUUUUUUGAAAUACAAAACUGUUAUUUCCUUAUUGAAAAAUAUAUACAUUUCCAAAUAUUUAAAUUAGUGGCAUUCCAGACCUAUGAAGUGAAUAGCGUAACAUUUUUACCUUUAUUACAUACCUCUAGCUAUUUAUGGUAGAUUAUAAAGCAACGCAAUGUAAUAAUCAAGAAUUUUAUUAGACUAUUGUAUAUUAUAUUAGCGGUAAGAGAAUGUUAUUUAUUGAAUAAAAACACAAAAGACACUCAUGGUGUGUUUAUUACUUUUGAAUUCUCACGGCACCAUCGACGAUGUAUCGCGAGAUUAGUGCCCACAUAAUUAGUGACGUAUUGUGCGUGGGCAGUCCCUGGUGGACGUCAUGGUCUUCCCCUAUCAGAUUAUGAAUGAGCUGCUGAUAGCAGCCGAGGCGGGGGGUGCCGCUGGCCGCGCGCCUCAUUCGUCGGUCGCACUCCGCUGUGAAAGUACGCGUCGAACGCUCCCGCUUUGCGCACCAAACAUUCCUCGCGUGCGGUGAAACUUUUCAAACGCAUUUUAUCGCGAAAACAAAUGGGCGUAAACAGUGAAACUUAAACGAGUGAUCAUGUACAGUGUGUGAGUAAUUUCUGACAGUUUGUAGUGCUGCUCUGCGUAUUUUCCAAAGUUCAGCACGCGAAAGGACUGACGGAGUGACAGUUUGUGUUCUGUGCGAGUUUUUCUCGGAGUUUUCUCUUGGUGUGAGUCGGAGGCCGUUGUAGCAACCCGGCCCCGACAUGGAGAGUUAUUUCGACAUCUCCAACGACCUGAAGGACGUCUGGGAUGCGGACAUCGACCCGGAAAUGAAAGAUGUCCUGGACGAGGACGAGGAGAUGACCGACUGGCUGGUCCAUCGGGAAUCGAAAUCCGGGGUAGUUCUCCACGACAGACUUAUGACCGACGCCGCGCUAGAAUCAGCACCCAUCAAGACAGAACACUCCUACAGCCUGCAUUCAGAUGUCGAAUCAGCAUCAAAUUCACCACAUCAUACCAAAGUUGAUGACAUGGAAGACGAGUGCUACCCAGCCAUCCCAGCUUCAGCAUGGUCACGGCGGCGCUGCAGCAACACGCCCGAAGUUAAGGCUGAGCCCAAGUCGGAGCCCGAGUCCCCCGCUUCCUCCUGCCCCCCCUCACCGACACCCGGCACACCUGUCACACAUUUAGACUAUGUCAUUGAUCACACGACGGGCACAAUCCAUAUGCCGCAAGCGGUGCUGCAGAAGGUGGGCGCGGCGGGCGUGCCGCAGCUGCUUCUCAGUGCCGCGCCACGUCUCGCCAACUCGCUCUCCUCCAACAAACUCUCCAUCAAAGUGACCAGCUCGGCCUCCACUGCUUCAGGUUUCAACUUGCCGCCAACGCCACCAUCCUCCCUCUCGUCAUCUGACAGCGAGGGCGCGCUGUCUCCUGCGCGUGGCGAAGAGGCGGCAGCGGCGGCUCCCGCACCCCCCGCGCCCGCUCGCCGCGCCCAUCUCUAUGUGUCUCACUCACACUCGCGGCAACCUAUCAAUACGCCUCUCAUAAGCAGCCAACCGAAAGGAUCAACAGGCACACUGGUGCUAACAGAAGAAGAAAAACGCACACUUUUGGCCGAAGGAUACCCUGUGCCGACACGUCUGCCCCUGACCAAGGCCGAAGAAAAGUCCCUCAAAAAGAUUAGGAGGAAAAUAAAAAACAAGAUAUCAGCACAAGAAAGCAGGCGCAAGAAAAAAGAGUACAUGGACCAGCUAGAACGGAAGGUUGAAGUUCUGAUAUCCGAGAACACCGACUAUAGGAAGAGAGUCGAGAGUCUGGAGCAGAAGAACGCGGGGCUGCUGAGUCAGCUGGCGGCGCUGCAGGCCGUGGUGACGCGCGGCGCGCGCAAGUGACCGCCACAGACGCGCCCGCACCACACCCGAUCUACGUCUCCCGAUACGUUUUAGUGAGUAAGGUAAAGUCGAUACCUACUCCAAGCGCUAAAGCUACCAGAUCCCUAGCUUACUUACUAACUAAGAAGUAUCGUUGAGUCGAAUCACAGAAUCCAAGGAUAGGUAAACUUUUGUAAAUAAAAGUAUUAAGCCUGUACGGGUCGGUCUGUGGUCUGACUGCCGGAUAUCCACGAAGGCUGUGAGGAGUAAACGGUGAUGAUUCUCACAGUUUGCGGACGUCUCCUCUGGUCGCUGACGCUCUGCUCUUUUUGGAGUGCAUAACGAUGUAUAUUUUGGAUGUAUUUACAUUGUGGGAGGUGUCCGAUGGGGAAAUCUGUUGCGUUCGAAGGUUGCUCACUUUUGUUAGUAUAGUUGUACGAAUGGCGUCGCGGCGGCUACCGACAGUGGUGCGCAGAGGCCGUGCUGUCGAGUGCCACACUAGAUAUUUAUUUUUGCCGCUGCUCCGUUCCCGUCGCAAGGACGCAGACGACUUUGACAGGGAUCAGUGUUGGGGUCUUAGAUAAGUGACCAUAGUUUGUAAGCGUGUUGUUUGAAAUCUCGUAAUAUAUUUUAAUAGUGCUGUAAAAGCGUUACAUAAUGUAAGUCUUAAUUAUGCGUGUUUUUAUUAAAAUGUGCAAGUAGAUUGUAAAUGGUUACCGUAAACAUACGUUAUAUUAGUAUGUUGCUGUGUCCACGAGCCAGGGGCUCGGACACGCUCUCCUUCAUAAUAAAUAUUAUGCGUCUCAGGUUAUCGAACAUAUUGGCCUAAAUUACCGUAGAAUUAACUUCAGAUGAGCACUAGACGUGUCAUGCAACUACUCAAAUUACAAUAUUCGCAACAGUAACUUCGGUAAUGGAUACAUUUUUAAUGGAACUGAGUUCUCUUGGUGCGGUGUGCUGUAAUCGGAAAACUAAGUAGCAUAAUAAGUAAGGCGCCCUCCAUGUAACCAGGUCCGUCUUACUAAUAAUAUUAAAUUCCAUGAAUUUGCAUUUAAUAGCGAAACGUGUGUCGUCUUAGAGAUUUUUUUUAAGAUAAAUAUUUAUCAAAAGGACCUAUGUAAUGACCGAUUUCUUGACAAACGUUUUCGGUAUCUAGUCUCUCGUAGAAGCCGAGCCUCGAGGGAGGCCGAGGGUAGAAAGAUAAGCUGUAUUUUCAGUUCGUACUGUGCUCUGUAGUGCGUCAAGUACAAACGUUGGCAUGCCUUCAACAAAAGUAACGUAACUAACUUAAUGCAGGGUUCCACGUUAUCAAGACAUUGAUUUUCAUUGAUAAUUAUUAUUAUAAUUAUCUGCUAACUAUCCAAAUAUAUGUCCAAUAAUUAUUCAAUCUGAUUCAAAGUUUUGUCAGUUAAUUUUUGAAUAAGGAUGAGGCCGUAACGUAAUUUUGUGAGUUGUAUACGUUGCAUUCGGUGUCACAUAAAAAUCCUGUUUAUGCCACGCGACGACGCAAAAUGAGUUGUCUGUCUGACUGAAAGUAGGUCUUACUUCUCACAUAAUUACGCUUGUCAGGCCUCACCCUUAAACUGACAAACGGUAAAGAUUCAACUAUAUUUACCAAGAUAAUUAUCGUGCCAAUUAUCAAUGAUAAUUAUCACUUCGAACCCUGCUUUAACGCCUUAGCAUCUACUAACUUGUAGUUAACAUUUUAUACUACGUAAUCCAGUAACCCAAGACCUAUCUAAAGAUAUAUCAAUAAUUUGAGAAUAUUUAUUGAAAUUUUUUGUGGCGAGGAAUUCAACACAUUGUAUACAAAUUCAUAACGUUCAGAUUUUUUUCUAUUGUACGUAAAUACAUUUUUAAUGAUGUCAUCGUAAAGUGGCUGUCAAGGCGUAAAAUAUACUCCCCAUACAUUCGAGUCACUUUGCAUUUUCAGUGUUAAAUGCCCAAAGCUUAACACGUUCUCUGUUUAUGCAUCAUAAUGUGGUGCAUUUCAAGUUACGAACGAUGUGUGAUCCAUUUGAGGCGCGAACCUUUCUAAACUUAAGGGUUCAUCAAAAAUUGUAAGUGUGAGUCAUAUGGCCGAAGGUUUCUAGCCAUCGCUAGAAAUUUUUCAUUUCAUUGGCAACAACUUUAUGGUUGUACAGACACCUAAAAUAAGAAACCUGCCAUUGAGUAACGCAUUCACAAAGCCUGGCAUGAUAAAAUUAUAAUAAAUGUUAAAAGAAGAAACCUAAUUAAAUAGGAGCCAAAAACUCGCAAUUUUUGUCUCUAAGUAAAAAUAAAAACCUAAUGACAAAAUCGCUUCGCUAAGCAUGUGGUACCGGAUGACUUUUUAACCAAUGUUGCUAGAUAAUCAUAGAUU